UGAUUUACGAGCUUCUUGGGGGUCUUCCGAUGCUGAUAUAGGAACGUGCUCUUAGGAUGCAAGGCCAAAGACUGUAAUGACUGAUACAGUCCACGUCCUCUUAGAGCACAGAGCAAAACCUCUACUUGCGGACGAUGAGGGUCGCACGCCAUUACAUUGGUUUUGUACACUUGAUACUGAGUUCGAUGAGCCUCAUCGGAAAGCGUUCGUUGCUCUGGUAGACCACGGCCCAGACGCCGUUCAUAUGGCGGAUCUCAAGGGCCGCAAACCUAUCCACCUCGCCUUGGAGAAGUACGAGGACCGUUCUCAGAUGUCUACUUUUGCUAUCCGCCACCUCAUGGCAGCAGGUGCUGAGAUGAGCGAGCCCGACCCAGUAACAAGCAACUCGGCACUCCAUACGAUCGCGCCCCGUUUGGUAGGUGAGAAGACAGCGGCCGGCGAUGCGGCUACUCUCUUUCGAGACGUAGCAAUCGCCGUUGACAUCAACACGCGGAACGCCUCGGGUGAGACACCCGUGUUUAGCUUCAUGGCAGCUGGGUGGAAGGGAACACGCGACGCUGAUUAUGCAAUCGCCCACGAUGUGUUUCACGACACCUCCUUAGCUAUGUUUAUAGAGCUUGGCGUAGACCUGACGGCCGUGGACGCCAAGGGACGGACGUUAUUGCACGCUGUGGCUGAUAGGAAUGUUAGAGACACAGGUGUCAAUUGGGACCAGAUGGAAGAUGUCGAGAGGUCUUUCCAAGUGCUGAUGGAGCUCGGCGUUGAUCCCCACAAGGAGGACCAAGACCUCAAGACCGCCGCUGAUGUAGCGGUCGCGAGACAAUUAAGAAGGGUUGUUGAUCUGUUCGGCGAAAAGGACAAGAUCGGAGAAGACGACAAGGAAUAGCGACGGCGAUGGAGGCAGCGGAACUACCAAUUUUGAUCCAUCUAUUUAUUCCCAUUCUAAGAAUUACACGAACCGCAUCUCUGAGAUUCUAGUUACAUACUUCUUCUGUGGUAGUGCGUCGUCUAUGAAAGUGAACCCAUCGGGUCCAUGAAAACUAAGACGUAAUGACUUAGAAAAUGC